AGUCCGCGCAGUCGAGUUCCGCGUCCCCGAGCGUUGAGUUCAGUCUCCAGCGACCAGUCUUCAGUCCUACAAAGAGCCUAGCGGGAAAACCUUCUGAGAUCAUCAACAAAAAAUCAUCACAGCACGCGCGCCAAGUCAUCUUUUUUUUUUUACCCACGGAGUGCCAAAGUUUUUUUUGUGUUCCAAGUGCAAUACGGAAGUGCCACUAUAUAGCCCACACACAGGAUACCAGGAUAGCCCACUCAUAGUUUUCCGACAAGAUGUCCAGCUCGCGGAACAUGCUGCUGCUGCUGCUCCUGGUGGCCAGUGCCGCCGUCCAGCCGCUGGAGGCCAAGACCGUCUUCCGGCGCACGGACAAGAUAUCGGAGAACUUCAAGCAGCUGGACCUGCCGCCCGAGGAGAUCGAUCCGAAUGUGGCGCCCCCAGAAUCGGAGCCGCCCAAGGUCGACGAUGUGGCGGAUGAGGUGGUGGCCGAUGCUGUGACUGCGGCUUCGCUGCUGGACGAGAGUGCCAAUGAGAUUGCCAGCGGGGAUGUGGAGACACCGAAUGCAGUGGCCUCCAUUCCGGAAGCUCCAGCCGCCGCUCCCGAGGCCGCAGCUGCGGCUGCUCCGGCGGUGGCCACCACUCUGGCGGCCAAGCCCACGGUGGCACCCACCACCGCCAAGCCGGAGAAUCCCAUCAGCAAGUUCUGCAAGUGCACGGAGAGCCACUGCGACUGCUGCCGCAAGAUCGGCCUGCCGCUGCUGCCCAGCGGACCCGGCUGCGCCAAGAUUGCCUUCCUGGGCAACGACGAGAUGAACGUGUCCCUGAAGUACGGUGACAUCACCCUGGCCUCCCGCCGCAUCUCCAGCAAGCGGGCCCGCCCCAUCUGCGUGGGCCUCCCGGGCGGCGAAACGCAGUUCUGCGGCAAGGUCUACGGCCUGUCCCGCGCCAAGGACUCCAAGGACUUCAAGGCCUGCCUGGCCUUCGAGCUGCGUUCCGACGAUGAGGUGGAGGCCUCCCUGCGCGUCUCCUGCUUCAAGUUCGGACCGGAAGGACUCCGGGUGGUCGCGCCGGAGCCGCUUCCCGCGGACGACGAUGACGAUGACGACGACCUCUUUGGAUUUGCCGCUGGUGGCGAUGAUGACGAGGAUGAUGAGGACGACUACGACAGCGACACGGAUGCCGACACCGACGACGACGACGACACCGAGGACUACGCCGACGACGACGAGGCCGAGGCGCCCGAGGAUGCCGACUACGGCGGCUUCAGCUUGGCCGGACUCCUGGACGAGCUCGAUGACGACGAGGACGAGAAGCCGGUCAAGAAGCCGGCGGUGGCGGCUGCCGCGGAUCAAACCCGCGAGCAUGUGAGUGUCGAUGGCCAGGAGACCUCCUCCUCCACGAACACUGACCUGGUGCAGAGUAAGGACGACUCUGAAGCUCCUGCCGCUGGCGAGGCCCCCGCUGCCGCUGCUGUACUUGCUCCAGCUGAGGGAGAUGUGUCCGCAGCCGUGGUGACCCCCGCACCCGCAUCCGCCGCCGACGACUCCACCACGCCCAAGUCCAAAAAGUCCAAGAAGACGAAAAAGAACAAGAAGAAGAAGGCCGCCGCCGAGGCGACGGACGAAACAGGAUUCGCCUACGAGCUCCUCAACGGCAUCCUGGAUUUUUUCAACUGAGCGGCCAGCGCGAGUUUGCCAACAUGCUGGGCAACAGUGUAAAUACCUUGUACCGCCGCAGCUGGUCGGAGGAAGAGAAUGAGCAACGUAGUUUGUAGUCUAUAGCGCUUAAGGGUCCACGAAAUUUCACUUAUUUAUUUCAUCUAGUUAUUCGAUCCAGUAAUUUAUCGAAAAUUUCAAAAACGAAUAAAAGCCGAAAAUUUACCACCAAA